AGGUUCUCUGAAAUAUUGUGGAGUUGUCCACAGGCACCUUAAGCGUACAUAUUGAGUGAUACUUGUUGCAUAGAGGUUCAUCACAAGACGGGAGAAUUCAUUAAAGGAUAAGCAGUAGAAUAUUGAUUGUAAGUACAAUGGGUUAAUUUUUAGAUGUAUUCUAUAUAUUAUGAAGUUUUUAAUUUCACUGUCAUCAAUACAGGUUCUCUGAAAUCUGGUGGAGCUGGCCACAGGUACCUCAAGCAUACAAACAUGUAUUGUGUGAUACUUGUCGUAUAGAGGUUCGAAUCGGCACAAAGCGGAAGACGUAGCUAAAUGAGAAGCAGUAGAAUAUUGAUUGUUCUCUGAAAUCUGGUGGAGCUGGCCACAGGUACCUCAAGCAUACAUACAUGUAUUGUGUGAUACUUGUCGUAUAGAGGUUCGAAUCGGCACAAAGCGGAAGACGUAACUAAAUGAGAAGCAGUAGAAUAUUGAUUGUAAGCACAAAGUAAGAUGAAUGGGUUAAUUUUUAGAUAUAUUCAAUAUAUUAUGAAGUUUUUAAUUUCACUGUCAUCAAUACAGGUUCUCUGAAAUCUGGUGGAGCUGGCCACAGGUACCUCAAGCAUACAUACAUGUAUUGUGUGAUACUUGUCGUAUAGAGGUUCGAAUCGGCACAAAGCGGAAGACGUAACUAAAUGAGAAGCAGUAGAAUAUUGAUUGUUCUCUGAAAUCUGGUGGAGCUGGCCACAGGUACCUCAAGCAUACAUACAUGUAUUGUGUGAUACUUGUCGUAUAGAGGUUCGAAUCGGCACAAAGCGGAAGACGUAACUAAAUGAGAAGCAGUAGAAUAUUGAUUGUAAGCACAAAGUAAGAUGAAUGGGUUAUUUUUUAGAUAUAUUCAAUAUAUUAUGAAGUUUUUAAUUUCACUGUCAUCAAUACAGGUUCUCUGAAAUCUGGUGGAGCUGGCCACAGGUACCUCAAGCUUACAUACAUGUAUUGUGUGAUACUUGUCGUAUAGAGGUUCGAAUCGGCACAAAGCGGAAGACGUAACUAAAUGAGAAGCAGUAGAAUAUUGAUUGUAAGCACAAAGUAAGAUGAAUGGGUUAAUUUUUAGAUAUAUUCAAUAUAUUAUGAAGUUUUUAAUUUCACUGUCAUCAAUACAGGUUCUCUGAAAUCUGGUGGAGCUGGCCACAGGUACCUCAAGCAUACAUACAUGUAUUGUGUGAUACUUGUCGUAUAGAGGUUCGAAUCGGCACAAAGCGGAAGACGUAACUAAAUGAGAAGCAGUAGAAUAUUGAUUGUAAGCACAAAGGUUUGUUAGAUAACUCCUCUAGGCUCUAGCGCAUGUGACAACUCCAUUGAAACAGCACAGGAAUAGCUCGAAAUAAAAUGGAAGUUGAAACUGACAGAUACUUUUCCUGGGAAGAUUUAUUUGAUGGGAAAACAUCAUCGUUAUCCGGUUUUGUUACUUCCUAUACAAAACUUGAAAAGUUAAUAGAGACCUAUGAAUGUGCAACAUCCUCACGAUACCGCACCUUAAAAAGUUCCAAACAUUUUGGAAAGAAGAUAGAUGUAUCAGUGCUGAAGAAAUGUCAAUUUAGAUUAUUAGACUCUCAGAAGAAUUCAGAGCCAUACCUAGAUUAUGAUGGCAUUCCAUUUCUGAUUCUGGGAAAAAAGAGUUUGGAGUGUCAUCAAGGUCCAGACAGAGAUGGAAAAACUAAUGAAAGAAAACAGAAGAAGAGUAUAGAAAAGACAAAAGUUUGCUUGACUCCUCCCUACUUGGAUAAAAGUAAUUGGUUUGGUAGAUAG